AUGGCCUCACAAAGUAGCCUGAAAGUGCAUGCCCUGGGUCGCCCUUUCACCUUGGGGAUGCUGUAUGACACUCGAAGUGAUAAGAUAAUCCCAGGUAUCACAUUGUGGGAUUCUGAAACUCUGAAAGGGAACAUCAGGGAGAACAAGAAAUCUUAUAGUGAAUUUCAAAUGACAACAUCUGAUACUCUGGAAGAAAAGUCUUCUCUGUUGGAUGUUGAAGCCUCUAUGAAAGCCAGUUUCCUGAGUGGACUGGUUGAAGUUGGAGGAUCUGCGAAGUAUCUGAAUGAAAAGAAGAAAUCCAAGAAUCAGAACAGAUUAACACUUCAGUACAAAGCUACAACCACCUACAAAUAUUUGUCCAUGGGCCCCCUUAAAGCCAAGAGCAUGGAAGUGGAUGACAUUUUGAAGGGCGCAGCAACACAUGUAGUCACAGGGAUCCUUUACGGGGCAAAUGCUUUCUUUGUAUUUGACAGUGACAGGUCAGAGUCCGACAACAUUCAGGACAUCCAGGGUAAGAUUCAAGCUAUGAUAAAGAAGAUUCCUAGUGUCAGUGUGGAGGGGCAAGUCUCUCUUGAACUGAAUGACACAGAAAAAUCUCUGGCCAACAAUCUGUCCUGUAAAUUUUUGGGGGACUUUAUCCUUGAAAGCAACCCUACAACUUUUGAAGAGGCAGUGAAGACCUACCAGCAACUUCCAAAGCUACUGCGUGAAGGUGAAGGGAAAUCUGUUCCAAUGAGAGUCACUCUGAUGCCGUUAAAGGAUUUGGAUUCCAAGGCUGCAGAACUGAAAAGGGAGAUCUGCAUUGGACUCAUCAGAAAAGCUGAAAAUGCCCUAGAAGAUGUGAGGGAAAUGGAAAUGAGAUGCAAUGAUUCUCUGGAAGACAACGUGGUAGGGAAAUUCUCACAGGUUAGCGAAAAGAUGAGCAGUUUCAAAAAACUGUGCAAUGAUUACGCAUCUGAACUCCAGAAGACCAUGAACGAGAAGUUUCCUUCCAUCCGUGCAGGUGAAGAAGAUGAAAGCUCAGUGGAAAAACUCUUUGAUGAUAGAGACAAGUCACCAUUCAGUCAGGAAAGAUUAAACGAGUGGAUGUCUGAUAAAGAGAGAGAAAUUAAUGUCAUUAGGAGCUGUGUAGGUAUAAUGGAAAACAUACCCAUCGCAGCAAACAAGUCAGAGUUGGAUGCAAAGGUUCUUGCUCCAGGUGUAGAGCACGCUCUGUGCUUCACUUUCACCUCCCUAGGAGGAGCUGAACCCUACCUUGACGAGUUGAGCAACUACUUAUGUUCAAAUGACCGAGAAAGUACCAAGAUUGUCACUCAAACAUCACAGGACCAGUGGUACUCCUCAUAUGAAGUGAUAACCGAAAUGAGAAAAAAAGCUGAAACAUUCAACAGUCUUUUCAAAGCCCUGAAGAGCAGCAGAGUCUCUUUCCUUAUAGCAGCUGUAGAAAAUGAGAAAUACAAAGGAGCAAGCAUCUACCAUUACAAGAAGGGCAUUCCAGUCACUGAUAAUUUUUCACAGCCUGCCCGUCUUGAUGUGGAAAACAUAACAGACAAAAGUGAUCUCAUUUGGUAUGCCUGUGAUCUCACCCUGGACCCAAACACAGCUUAUGGCUAUCUCACUCUUUCUGAGGGAAACAAAAAGGCAACACUUGGAGGUUGGCAGCAGUAUCCUUCACACCCAGAGAGGUUUGACACACGUCCUCAGGUGCUGUGCAGAGAGGGGCUGACUGGGCGUUGUUACUGGGAGGUAAAGUUGAGUGAGGGUAAAGAUUAUGAGGUAGGUGUAGGUGUUACAUACAAAGGAAUUGCCAGGAUAGGAAAGAAUCCCGAUAGUGGGCUUGGAUGUAACACCAUAUCCUGGUAUUUUGGCAAAGAGAGGGGUUGCUUCUGUGCAUGGAACGAUGGAAAGGUGUGGACCGACUCUAUUCCCGCUGCUGGCUUUGAACGAGUUGGAGUGUAUCUGGACUGGCGUGCUGGCACUUUGUCCUUCUAUAGAGUCUGUCCUAACAUUAACACAGUCAGUCACCUCUACACCUUCCGCACCACAUUCACUGAGAGUGUUUACCCAGGGUUCUACAUCUAUUCUUCACACGGCUAUGCUGCCCUGUGUCCAGUAGUGUAGGAAACAGUGACAGAAGUCCGGAUCCUGGCUCUGGCUGUAAACUGACAUGAUAACACUAUUGAUGACGAGUUCAGCAGACUAUCCCAUCAUUAUGCACAGUUUGUGUUUGUAGUAUAAAGAUUUGACCAAUCAUUAAGGCUUUUGCACAACUCUGCAGGUCAACAGCAGCAAAUAUGGA